CAAGGUCGCGCAUAAGCUUCUCUAAGUGUAAAUUGUUUCUGUCUCUUUUGCCAAAAUAAAAAAUGGAGGAAUUAACAUCACACGGCGUGAUUGGUCCGUGCGUGGAGGGAGUGACCAAUAAAGAUCAUGUGACCGACCAAGGCUGGCGUGGUUACCAUGGUGACCGCACACAACAUCAUUGGCCCAGCAACCUCUGUGGUACCGUCAGACGCAGUAUCCGUAACUAACCGGAGAGGCGGAGCAAAAAUACACCACUGGGAGCUAGCUGAGCACAUCAGGCAUUGACAUUUCCCUUACAUCUGGAUGAGCCUCCGGAAUCUGAAAAACAAUGAGCAGUUCUGAGGUGGAAGAUCACAUCUCCCAGAAAUAUGAGAUCAAGAAGCGGCUGGGGAAAGGCGCCUAUGGAAUUGUGUGGAAAGCAAUUGAUCGUAAAACUGGAGAAAUUGUUGCUGUGAAAAAAAUCUUUGAUGCUUUUAGAAACCGAACUGAUGCGCAGAGGACGUUUCGAGAGAUCAUGUUCCUGCAGGAGUUCGGGGAACAUCCAAAUAUCAUCAAGCUGCUAAAUGUGAUCCGAGCUGAGAAUGACAAGGAUAUAUAUCUGGUGUUUGAGCACAUGGAGACCGAUUUGCAUGCAGUAAUAAAGAAAGGCAAUCUCCUGAAAGAUAUUCACAUGCGCUACAUAUUAUACCAGCUGCUGAAAGCCACUAAAUUUCUGCACUCUGGGAAUGUCAUCCACCGUGACCAGAAGCCAUCAAACAUCUUACUGGAUGCAGACUGCUUGGUGAAGCUGUGUGACUUUGGUUUGGCACGUUCUCUGUAUCAGAUACAGGAGGAUUCUGGGAACCCUGCUCUCACAGAAUAUGUGGCAACUCGCUGGUUCCGUGCUCCUGAGAUCCUACUGGCCUCUCACAGAUACACUAAGGGUGUUGAUAUGUGGAGUAUUGGCUGCAUCCUUGGGGAAAUGCUGAUGGGAAAACCGCUUUUUCCUGGGACCUCAACCAUUAACCAGAUUGAGCGUAUUAUGAGCAUCAUCUCCCCACCCUCACAGGAAGAUAUCCGGUCUAUAAAGUCUGAAUAUGGAGAGUCUGUGAUCAACAGGAUGAGCUCUAGACAAAGGGUGUCUAUAGAUUCCCUUCUUCCUUCAAGCACCCCUCCUGAAGCUCUGGAUUUGUUAAAGAAACUUCUUAUCUUCAACCCUGAUAAGCGUCUGACAGCUGAAGAGGCUCUGCUGCACCCCUACUUAAUGAGGUGCUGUAUUGGCUCAGUGGGUACUUAUGCUCCUGGGGGUAUUGCAGCAAUGACUUGCUAUCUUACAACUCACUUUCUUCAGCAGACUGGCAAAGGCACUGAGCCACGCGGUAGAACUGCUCCUAUCAUUAGGACCCGUUCAUUCUCCCUGACCCAGCAAGCUCGGGAAGCAGCUCAUAAUAAUCCUCUAGUGCCAGCAGGAGGCGUGAGUGUGGCAGCUGUCAGUGCUAGGCUGAACCAACGCACUCCUGCUCCCCACGCCCGCGAUACGUCCUCUGCUCAUAAGUUCAGCAAGAAGGUGUUUCAGGGUAUGGCCAACGUAGGAGCGGCGGGUGACCCUAAGGCCUCUCUGCACAGCUACACACAGGCUUACGGCACCAUCAGUAAAUCUGCGUUACAGAACCUUCCUCUGCAGAGCAGCUCAAGUGAGGGGCACUGAGGCUCCACACCUCCCAGAAUAUUUCUAAUAAGAACUGUAUUUAAACAAGGCAUUAGAACGCUAUGGGACUCAUUGUUCUGCACAAAAGACUGUUUUUGAUUCCUUGAUUUGCUUAAACAGGACUUCCGGUGCUGCCAGGAGGUGCUACGCAGUUACAUGUUUGGGCCAUGAGAGUGAACUGAGGACCCUCACAUAACCAACACCAGAUUGGUGCUCACAGAUACAUGAUGUGCCUCUUUGUCAUAGGCAAUAAAAGUGAUUUUAUUUUUA